GGGCGUUAGCACGUGGUGAGGCCGGUGAGGCUCCAGAGCAACCCCAGGUGAGGCCGUGUUAGCUCGGUGAGGUCCUUCAUGAUGGCUUCGCGGUAUGACAGGGCAAUCACCGUCUUCUCCCCUGAUGGACACCUGUUCCAAGUGGAGUAUGCCCAGGAAGCAGUGAAGAAAGGCUCCACCGCGGUUGGAAUUCGAGGUACUAAUAUAGUUGUACUUGGGGUGGAAAAAAAAUCAGUUGCCAAGCUUCAAGAUGAAAGAACUGUAAGGAAAAUUUGUGCCCUUGAUGACCAUGUCUGCAUGGCUUUUGCAGGACUGACUGCUGAUGCUAGAGCUGUGAUAAACAGAGCCCGGGUGGAGUGCCAGAGCCAUAAGCUUACGGUUGAAGAUCCAGUCACUGUGGAAUAUAUAACUCGCUUCAUAGCAACCUUAAAGCAGAAAUACACCCAGAGCAAUGGGCGGAGACCUUUUGGUAUUUCAGCCUUAAUUGUAGGUUUUGAUGAUGAUGGCAUCCCAAGAUUAUAUCAGACUGACCCCUCUGGUACUUACCAUGCUUGGAAGGCAAAUGCAAUAGGCCGGAGUGCUAAAACCGUUCGGGAAUUUCUAGAAAAGAAUUACACAGAAGAUGCCAUCUCGAAUGACAAUGAAACUAUCAAAUUAGCAAUAAGAGCUUUGCUAGAGGUUGUCCAGUCUGGAGGAAAAAACAUUGACCUGGCUAUAAUAAGAAGAAAUCAGCCUCUGAAGAUGUUUAGUGCCAAAGAAAUUGAAUUACAAGUAACCGAAAUAGAAAAGGAAAAGGAGGAAGCAGAGAAGAAAAAGUCAAAGAAGUAAAUCUAAUUCCUAGGACACCCUGGGAAUAGCUGUGUCCUGUUGCACCGCUUGGAACCCUUAGCGAGGCUUUAGGGAAAGUGGUAGUUAGAGCGUAAUGUUUAGUCCUCCUUGGGCAUCUUUGAGCAUGCCAGCUUUGCUAUCGCUUCUAACACAGGUUACUGUGUAGAUUUUCUUUAAAAGUCCUCAAUUCCAUAUAAGUCUGAGACUUUGCUAUGAAAGUUGCUUAGUAUGUUGUUUUUCUUCACAUAAGCAAAAUUUAAGAAAAUUUUUAUUUAAAAAAUGAGUAAUUUUAUGAAGUUUGUGUAUUCAUUGUCAGUUAAGAAGCUA